AUGAAGGUUUCUGUCAUCGCUGCUCUCUUCGCCGCCGGCGCCAUCGCCGCGCCCGUCGCUCAGGAGGCUGCACCCACCGCUGCUCCUUCUCACUCCCGUCCAGUUCGUCCGACUGGUCUGCCCUCGGGUCUCCCAAGCUUCUCUGUCCCCAGUGGCUUCCCCAUCCCGACUGGCCUGCCAACAGGAGGUUUCCCGCCCCGCCCCAGCGGCACCCACUCGGCGCAUCACUCCUUCUCGCGCUCCGCCCGCCCUUCUGCGCCGCCCGCCCCAUCUAGCGCCGAAGACCUCGAGGCCCGCCAGGAGGCCACGUCCGUGCCCGGGCUUCCUAGCUUCAGCUUGCCUCCUCGUCCUACUGGAAGUGCGCCCAUCCCUAGCUUCAGCCGCCCACCUCGUCCCACUGGAAGUGCGCCCGUCCCUAGCUUCAGCCGCCCACCUCGUCCUACUGGAAGUGCGCCCGUCCCUAGCUUCAGCCGCCCACCGCGCCCUACGGGACAUCCUUCUGGAAGUGCAUCCGCGCCUCCUGCGCCCACGGCUUCGGCUUAA